CAGAUCCCCCCGGUAAGCUAACCCGACCCAGAUGGCCAACCCAUGACGUCGAGGCGUUCGUCCCGGCGGAGUGGUCGAGAUGUGUGCCGCCGCCUCCGUGCCGUUCCAUCAGCAGAUCCCCCACCUCUUGACCCGCUGCGGAUUCUGCCAUCUCGACCAAAUUCAUGGCCUCCUUAUCACCACUUCUCUUUUCCGAUCUCCGACCCUCUCGUCCCUCCUCCUCCGCCGAGCCACCGAUUUCGGCCGCAUGGACUACGCCGAGCAUCUCUUUUUCUACUUCUCCGCCGCCGCCCCUCACGUCCUCCUCUACAACAGCAUGAUCCGCGGUUACGCCUACAGUGGACCUCACGAGAGCUCACUUCACAUGUUCGAAGAAAUGCUUCAGAGAGGGCUGAAGCCUAAUAAUUUUACUUACCCCUAUGUUUUAGACUCUUGCACCCGUCUUGGAAACAAUGGCUACGGUAAGAAAUCUCACUGUCAAGUUAUCAAGACCGGAUACGACACAGUCGCCUCUGUUGCUAGUUCGCUGUUGAGCUUUUAUAUCGAGAUGGAGCGGUCUCGUCUUGCAGUUGGCGCAUUGGUCGAUGCACGAAGAGUUUUUGAUGGCAUGAUGACGAAAACCAUAGGGCUUUGGAACAGAAUGGUCUCCGAAUAUAUUGGUUUUGGUGAUGUAGAGUCAGCGAAGAGGCUCUUCGAUGACAUGCCGCAGCGAGACGUGGUGUCGUGGAACUCGAUGCUUUCAGGCUACUUGAGAUCGUUGGAUAAAAAGAGAGCACUGGACUUCUUCCGGAGGAUGCCAGUGACGGACGUGGUGUCAUGGACCUCGAUGAUGAUGGCUUUAUCGAAAGCUGGUGAUCUUAGAGCGGCAAGGAGGCUGUUCGAUGAAAUGCCUGAGAGGAAUGUGGUUUCCUGGAACUGCAUGCUAUCGAGUUACACAUCUCAUGGGGAGUAUCAGCAGGCGUGCAAACUCUUCUCUCAGAUGCAGUCACAGGGAGUGGCUCCGGAUGGAUACACGUUUGUCUCUGCUCUAUCCGCCUGUGCUCAUCUUGGAGAUUUGGAGACUGGAAAAUGGAUACAUUUCAGUUUGAUAAGAGAUGGGCUUCAGCUGGGAGCCAUAGUUGGAACUGCACUGAUAGAAAUGUAUGCCAAGUGCAGCGACAUAGACUCAGCAUUCAAAGUCUUCAUCAAGAUGGUUGAAAAGGAUGUAUUUUGCUGGAAUGUGAUGAUCAAAGCAUUUGCGACGCAUGGGAGGAUAAAAGACUCACUGAAACUCUUCGACUUGAUGAUUAGGAAAGGACUUAAGCUUAAUGGCGUAACGUUUUUGAGUGUAUUAUUUGCUUGUAGUCACGGAGGGCUGGUGGAAGAGGGUCGACAGAUCUUUAAUUCGAUGGAGAAAGACUUUGGAAUUCAACCAAGAAUCCAACACUAUGGUUGUUUGAUCGACUUACUUUGCCGAAAUGGUCAGCUAGAAGAAGCACAAGCGUUGAUUACAGAAAUGCCUUAUAAACCGGACAUCGCAGUGUGGGGAGCUCUCCUUGGUGGUUGCAGAACUAGGAGUGACCUUAAGUCUGCAGAACAGGCCAUGGAGGGGAUGCAAGAGCUGGAAACAGACGAGAGUGGGGUUUAUGUGCUUGUAUCAAACAUGUAUGCAACUUCCAGUCAAUAUAACGAGGCCUUGAAGGCAAGAGAAAUGAUGGAGCAGCGGAACAUAUGGAAGACAACCGGAUGUAGUACUGUCAUCAAAGAAACUGAUGUGGUGCAAUUUGAGCCAGAAUUCUCAGCAAAUUGCUUCCACACAAGAAGCUUGUGAGAUUGGGCAGGAAGAUAACACAUGUAGCAUUUGAGCAAAUUCAGAGAGCAUAUAUGGAUCAACACAUGAAGUUUGUGAUAGCUUUCUUGACCUACAUGCUGCAAACAGGAUGUGUACCAGGAGUAAAGAUGGGAGAAUGACUGGUAACUAUAUCUUAUUCCUGCACUAGUGGUUCCAAAUUAAGAAUGGUGGGACAGAUUUAAUUUGCCUUAUGGUUCAUCAAAUGCUUGUCUUGUUAAUUGCAUGUCUUGGAGUAAGCUUGGCAAUCACUUUGUUUUCUGA